GCAAAGAAUGGAUUGGGGUGGUGACGUCAUAGUGACGUUGUUGAUGCCGCGCAGCCCCGCCUUUCUCCGGGCUCCCCCGGUACGGACACAAACGCACCGCCGCUGCUGCGCUCUGCUUUUUGUUUUGUUUUUUUCAGUUGUAUUUUUUUCCAAUGUUGUGUUGUUUUGGUGGACGUGGAAUUGGUUUUAACAUGAAACAGAUGGAAAUCCCGAUUUUAUUUUGCUUCUUUAUUUGGGUCACUGUGUUGCCGGCCUGCUGGUGCGCCCACAGCAAAUACGCCCAGAAGCUCCUCAGCGAUCUGUUCGCCAACUACACCAGCGCUCUGAGGCCGGUGGAGGACACGGGCGACAUACUGAACGUCACCCUACAGGUCACGCUAUCGCAAGUCAUCGACAUGGACGAGCGAAACCAAAUUCUGACUGCUUACUUGUGGAUAAGGCAAGUGUGGCUGGAUGCACAUCUUAAAUGGAGUCAAGACGACUAUGAUGGCCUCGAUACCAUCCGCAUACCUAGCAGUUAUGUAUGGAGACCUGAUAUAGUCCUAUAUAACAACGCUGACAACCACUUCACCGGCCCCAUGGACACCAACGUGGUUAUCCGUCACGACGGCCAGAUCAUGUGGGACUCGCCAGCCAUCACCAAGAGCUCGUGCAAGGUGGACGUGUCCUUCUUUCCCUUCGACUCUCAGCAGUGCAGGUUUACCUACGGCUCGUGGACCUACAACGGCAAUCACCUGGACAUCCUCAAUGCCAUGGACAGCGCAGACUUGGCCGACCUGGUAGACAACGUGGAGUGGGAGGUUUUGGGGAUGCCGGCCAAGAGGAACGUGAUUCAGUACGGCUGCUGUGCUGACCCGUACCCAGAUAUCACCUACACCUUGAAAUUAAAAAGGAGAGCAUCUUUCUAUGUCUUUAACCUAUUGAUACCUUGUGUGAUGAUCUCCUUCCUGGCUCCUCUGGGCUUCUACCUGCCUGCCGACUCUGGAGAGAAGGUGUCUUUGGGUGUCACCGUGAUGCUGGCGCUGACCGUCUUUCAGCUGUUGGUUGCGGAGAUAAUGCCACCCUCGGAGAACGUACCACUCAUUGGAAAGUACUACAUCGCAACUAUGACCAUGAUCACAGCCUCCACGGCCUUGACCAUCUUCAUCAUGAACAUCCACCACUGCGGCCCAGAUGCCAAACCAGUCCCCAAGUGGGCCAAGAAGGUCAUCCUGCAGUACAUGGCCAGAAUGUGCUUUGUUUACGAGGUUGGAGAGAACUGCAUGUCUCCUCUGUCGGAGAAACAGGACGCUCCAGUGGUAAACCGCAACAUGAACGGCUUGGUGGGGCCCUGCGGGGAGGACCGUACCUUUGUGACGGAAAUGGGACAAGAGGCGCAUCAGAGAGAAGGUUUAGAUCAACUGAUGACUCCUGAUGGCUCCAUGGGGGUCAACCCCACCAAUCACUUCAACUACUGGAAGAACGGCGUCUUUGUGAGCGCUGAUUGUGAGGGGUCGGGCAGCGGGAGGAGAUGCCGGAAAGGCGGCGUUAGCGACGGCGAGCAUAAAGGCACAGAGGCGUCCUAUGAUGAGAGGAUGCUGCUGCUGCCCAACGUUGAGUACAUAGCCAACUGCUACAGAGAGCAGAGGGCCACCCACAAGAGGACUGGAGAGUGGAAGAAGGUGGCCAAAGUCUUAGACCGCUUCUUCAUGUGGUUGUUCUUUAUCAUGGUCUUUUUAAUGAGUUUUCUCAUAAUGGGGAAAGCCAUCUAAACCCAAAUUAUUCAAAUAGGAGUCAAGCUGGAGAAUAAUCCUUAUCUACUGUAUACUGUAUGUUUGAAUAGACGGACUGUACAGAUGCCGCCUAUGCGUGGUCAGCACCACGCUGCAUUACCUAACUCUACAUGUGCUUUAAAAUGUCAGCUGCAUUAAUCUUUCUAGGAUGUCCCCAUAAAACGUUUUAACUUACGAUAUGACACCAAUAUUAAAGCCUUGAAUAUUUGCCGAUGCCAAUAUUGAUCCGAUACAUCAAUAUCAUGAAUGAGACAUUUUUAUUUUUAUUUUGUGGAAUGUUACAGAAGGUUUGAUCAAGUGAAAUUAUAAAACAAUGGUAGGUAAGAAAACCACUAACCCAAGGGUGUCCAAACAACGGCCCGUGGGCCAAGUGCAGCCCACCAGCGCCUUCAAUUUGGCCCGCGUGACAUCAUGAGUUAAGUUUAGAAUUUGGCCCGUAGGGAAAUCUCAAUUCAUUUUAAAAGUUUGACAUUUUCAUUGCAACUCUGCCAAUAAUGACUAUUUCAGGUCAAUGAUCUUUAAUUAUGCUCUGGGAAGAUCCACAUGCAGCAUUUAUUUAUAGGACCUAAUGCAAACAGCCAUCCCUAGUCAUGGUGCAAAAGUGCAACAACAAAAAAAUCCACUCAACACAAAAUGUCAACAGACAUGGUCACACAUAACACAAUAUAAAGACCGUCCAUGCACCAUAAAAAAAAAUCUAAAUUUUAGCUGCUUGAUAUUUCUGAUUGAUUACAAAACUUCAAGGAGGUUGUCACGGAAGUAAACAAUGUAGGAGUCAAAUUUUUUACAUACUCUUAAUCUCCAAUUAUAUUAAUUACUAAUUAUACAUCCAUUAUAUUAAUAUACAAUGUACGUACAUAUGUG